GGGGAGACGUGGCUAGUGGCAGGAGCCCCCAAAGCAGACUGGUCUGCAAAUAGCUCUGUGGUCAAUCCAGGUGCGAUUUUCAGAUGCAGGAUCAGGAACAAUCCAGAUGGCACUUGCGAACAGCUCCAGCUGGGCAAUCCUGCUGGAGAAUUUUGUGGAAAGACGUGUUUAGAAGAGAGGGAUAAUCAAUGGCUGGGUGUUAGCAUGUCUAGGCAGUCAGGAGAAAAUGGAUCCAUUGUCGCCUGUGGACAUAGGUGGAAAAAUGUAUUUUACGUUAAAAAAAAUGAACACAAACUUCCUUGCGGUUUAUGUUUUGCUGUUCCUUCUGAUUUUCGAGUACAGUUGAGUAAAAGAAUAUGUCCUUGCUAUAUAGAUCAUGUGCGAAAGUUUGGAGAGAACCAUGGGUCAUGUCAGGCUGGGAUGUCUAGUUUUUACAUUGAGGAUUUAAUUAUAAUGGGAGCUCCCGGAUCAUAUUACUGGACUGGUUCUAUCUUUGUUUACAAUUCAACUGCAAAUACAUUUCGAGCUUACACAGAUUCAAAUAAUCAAGUAAAAUUUGGAAGUUAUUUAGGAUAUGCUGUUGGAGCUGGCCAUUUUCUAACACCAACUAGUAUAGAAGUAGUUGGAGGAGCUCCCCAACAGGAGCAGACGGGUAAGGCAUAUAUUUUUAGCAUUGAAGCGACGCAAUUAAAAAUCCUGUCCGAAUUAAAGGGUAAAAAGCUUGGUGCUUAUUUUGGAGCUGCUGUUUGUGCGGUGGAUCUCAAUGCAGACGGCUUUUCAGACUUACUGGUUGGCGCUCCAAUGCAAAGCAAAGUCCGAGAAGAAGGCAGGGUUUAUGUUUACAUCAAUUCGGGGUCUAAAGCUGAGAUGAAAGAACUGGAGCUAGAACUAGCUGGAAGCGACUCAUAUGCAGCAAGGUUUGGAGAAUCCAUAGCCAAUCUAGGAGACAUUGAUAAUGAUGGUUUUGAAGAUGUGGCUAUUGGGGCUCCACUGGAAGACAACCAGGAAGGAGCUAUUUACAUAUACAAUGGCAGAAAAGAUGGGAUAACUGCAUCCUUCUCACAGAGAAUACAAGGACACAGAAUCAGCAACACUUUAAGCAUGUUUGGACAUUCCAUAUCAAGUGGUAUUGAUGCUGAUAACAAUGGUUAUCAAGAUGUAGCAGUUGGUGCCUUUCUCUCUGAUUCUGCAGUGCUGCUGAGAACAAAACCAGUUGUAAUUGUUGAAGCAUCUUUAAAACACCCUGAUUCAGUAAAUCAAACUAAUUUAGAGUGUGUGGAAAAUGGCCAACCUGCCGUGUGUAUGAAUUUGACGGUCUGUUUUACAUAUAAAGGACGGGAGGUACCUGGCUAUAUUGUAUUGUUUUAUAAUCUAAGUGUGGAUGUGACAAGAAAGGCAGACACUCAGGCAAGGUUUUACUUUUCUAAUGGAACAUCGGCUACGACCUCUGGAAGUGCAGAGGUUUACAGCAACAAUGUUACCUGCAAACUUCAUCCAGCAUUUAUGAGGAAAGAUGUAAGGGAUAUCCUGACUCCUAUACAUGUAGAAGCAGCUUAUCAUCUUGGACAUCAUGUUCUAAAGAAAAGAAGUAUGAGAAGUGUGGAGGACUUCCCACCACUUCAGCCAGUUCUUCAGAGAAGAAAAGACAGAGAUAUUAUAAAAAGCAAGAUUGUUUUUGCAAGAUUUUGCACGCAAGAGAACUGUUCAGCUGACUUGAAAGUUUAUGGGAAGCUUGCAUUUCCAAAACCUAAUGAAAAGAAGACAUAUCUUGCGGUAGGAAGUAUGAAAACUUUACUGUUGAAUGUUUCUCUCUACAAUGCUGGAGACGAUGCAUAUCAAACUGGCCUCCACAUCCAACUCCCAAAAGGCCUGUAUUUCAUCAAAAUUCUAGACCUGGAAGAAAAACCGAUACAUUGUGAUGUAUUAGAUAAAGAAGCUCAUUCAGUGAGACUUCACUGCAGUGUUGGCUAUUUAUAUGUGGACCAACAGUCAAAGCUGGAUUUUAGUUUUCUCUUGGAUGCAAGCUCACUUACCAGGGCAGAAGAUGACCUCAACAUCACAGUUAAUGCUACCUGUGAAAAUGAAGGGGAUAUGGACAGGUUGUUGGAUAAUGCCAUAGCUUUAACUAUACCACUGAAACAUGAAGUUGAGCUAAAUGUCCAUGGAUUUGUAUCACCAGCUUCGUUUGUUUAUGGACCCAGUGAAGAAGAUGCACAAACAAUGACAUGCAUGAAAGAAAAGAUCAAUUUAACUUUCCAUGUUAUCAGUGCUGGACUAAGCAUGGCUCCUAAUAUAGGAAUGGAGUUAAUGAUACCUAAUGCUUUUGCACCAAGAAACUUCAAGCUGUUCAACAUCCUGGAUGUCAAGACAACUGCUGGAGAAUGCAUUUAUAAUAAUUAUACAAGAAACUGUACUUUACCAGAGACAAGUGGGAACAUAUUGAAGGAUGUCUUCAUGUUCUUCUCAAGGCCUCAUAAGAGACUCUUGUACUGUAUGAAAGAUGACAAUUUUUGCACAAAAGUGUUUUGUAAGUUUGGAAACAUGGAGAGUGGAACAGAAGCUACUGUUCAUAUGCAUCUGGAAGCUACCCCUGCACUUCUAGAAAUGGAUGAAGUAUCAACACUUCAGUUUGAAAUAAAAGCGAAAGCAUCGCCAGAAAAAAAUCCAAAAGUCAUUGAACUACACAAGAGGAAACAAGUUGCACAUGUCAUUUUGGAAGGAGUACAUAACCAAAAGACAAAAUAUCAUGUUACCAUGAUAAUUAUAGGAUGCAGUUCUAUAACUGGCAUUAUUUUGUUUUCGGCUCUUUCGUUCUUAUUAUGGAAGAUGGGCUUCUUUAAAAGACCAGAUAAACUUGUCCAUGAAGACCAGAAUGGAAGGGAAAGUUUGAGCCUUGUAGAAGGCAAGGAAAAAGAAGAUCAUGAAGAUUAUGAUGACAAUUAAAGUCUUCUUUCAAACAGAACUUCACACUCAGGUUAACUUAUGUGCUGAAUAUGGAUGACAAGAAAACUGCCUUAGAACAUACAUUUGAUAUCCGUGAACUCUGUGGAAGAUUACAGCUUAACAUUGCCAUACUAAAAUGUCAAUGACAAGUUUCUUCACCUAAAGAUUCAGUUAAGAAUGAUAUUGCAAAUACCAGAAUAACCACUCUCUUGACUUCAAAUACAUGCAAGAACACUACACAAAUAAAAUGGAGAACAUUUCUUACCAGAGGAGUUCCUGCAAAGUAGUAUGAUAACCAUUCCUGGAUAAUGAGAUCUUAAGUGUUUGGUCCUGGAACGAAUAACUGAGUUAGCACUCUUCUCUCUUCUGACUGGAAUCUAUACUGUUCUGGCAAUCUACACUGGGUGGUGGGGCUAGAGCAACCAGGGAGGACAGUUGUGCGUACAUUGCGUAUAGACAGUCAUGAGGUUCUUUUUGCUUCUGUGGAGAUUUUGGAUAGUGCUGGAGGUCCCAAGAGUUAUCCCAGGCAUAGGAAGGUCAAAAUAGUGUCAAAGCCAUGUUAGCCACCCCCUUUCUUUGGUCUAGGAGCUCUAUAUUGUACCUUUGAGAGGUGCAGCAAAAGUGCUUUUAGCCAUGGAAAGAAUGACUUAUUUUAGGUCAUCAGUAAUAACCAUCUUGAACAGGGAACUUGCCAGUAACAGGAGAAAAAGAAUUAGUUGUACUCAAGCACCAAGGCCCAAUGAUGGUCCUGAGAGACAUUUAUGUUUUCAAAAACAAAUAUUUAUUUUAUUUAUUUGCAGGAAUAUUUGGAGCAUUGCAUUAUUUAGGACCAUUUUUUUACUCCAGCAUCUGAGAAAAGACGUGGGGGUGUUUAGGUCUUUUUUUUCUUAUCAUCUUUUAAUUUUGUUGGACAAAGUACAAUCCUUAGUUAACCAUCCACAUGCAAGCUGUUUAAUGAAAUAGCAGCAGUGAGAUUUAACUUGAAGUAUUUGUUGAGAUUCAUUUUUCAGCAGAAAAAUUAUUACAGCUGGCACCCACUGGAGACAGUCAAAGGAAAGGUUAAAGACUAAGUGGAUAUGGACACUGAACUACUUCUCUGCUCCAACAGGUGGCCUCUGCAGCUAGAUAGGUGACUGCAAAAAUUAACUUAUCUUCAGUGAAUUAGUGCCUGUUCUAAAGGGAAAGAAUUUCAUUCUCUAGUUCUGUGCAACUUCAUCUCGUCACUAAAUUAAUUUUAAAAGGAACAUCCUAUUUCCUAUAUCUCCCUUUCUUUGGGCUAUUUCUGGACUGCAGGUAGAAAACUCUCUUUUUUUAUAUAUGUUUGAAUAUAUAUCAAAUUGAUGGUGUAAUGUCAGUUCAAAAUUUAGUCUCGGACUAUAACAAAAUAGCUUUCUGGAAGUAAUUUCUCUUGCUCUUGAAGUACAUAUUUUUUUUGCCAAAAAUGACAUUUAAGGCAGGAAAGAGAAAAUCCAAAGAUAAUAGGGCCAAACUUUCUCUAUACCUGUAGUUUCUAUUUAUUUCAGCUGGUAUCAUACAUUUCACACCCCUAACUACUGUACCAGGUUUGAUGCCUACCAGUCAGUUUUCUGUUCUAAAAUAUUUUGCAUUAUAAUAAAGGCAAACAACUG